AUGGCAGGCAAAGAGCACCAAGUUGGAGUUAUUGGCUAUGGCCUGUCCGCGAAAGUAUUCCAGAUUCCCUUCAUUUUGGCAUCCAAGGGCUUUGAGCGUCAACUGGAUCCGGCCAUUGACAGCACAAAGCUGUGUGAGUACCGCCGUCUCAUAUUCACACCUGAUGGCGAGAUGGGCACAAAAGUCUUCUGGGAGUUGGGCGACUUCCGAAGCUACUCGAUCCUCUCCAUUGAGGUCAUCCCAUGUUAG